AUUAUGGGUUAUGUUUCCCACAAUUCUAUAGCCAAAAACCCAAAUCUUACAUAUUAGCAACUACUGUAAAGCUAUGUGAAAACAGAACCUUCCUUUUAACGAAAAAAUGAAAGAGGAUGAGAGACGGAAACCUGUCCGUAGCCGUGGGAUUAACUUCCUAAGUUGAAUUAUUUUAAAACCAACGGCGAUCCUCGUUUUCUCUCUCCUCUCAUAAACCUGAAAGAGAGAGAAGGACAAGAACCCGCUUUUGAUCCUUUUCGGUUCUUUGUGAAUCGGGCUCUCGCACUUUCGUCGGCGCUUGUUUUUGCCAAACUCUUCUCUUUUCUUCUUCUCUUAAUUCUGCCUCCAUGGAAUGAAGAAGCUGAAGGUGAGGGGGAAGAAGGAUGAGAGAGAGCAGAAGAUCAAUGGCAACUUGAACCGAAGAAAGAUUGGGAUUUUGGAAGUGCAUCUCGGGUUUCUGCCAAAGAUCAAGACUUCGGAAGUGGGUAUACGACGUUUCUGCAAAUGAUUAAGUUUCUUGGAGUGGGUUGUUGAGAUUAUUGCAAAAAGUUUUCUACCUAAGAUUGGAGAGCUGUACAAGUGAGAAUUUCACAUUUUUCUUGGGGGAAAAGAUUGGAUCUUUGGGUUCUGUGUCGGAGAAAUCGAGAUUCUUGGAAGUGGGAAUCUCUUCCCCCCAAAAUGGCAACAAUUGAAAUGGAAAGUGUGGAGUGUGUUUCUUCAUCAGAUGGAAUUGAAGAUGAAGAGAUCCAGUCUUCAGUAACUUCACAUCCACAUAACAGUCAUCAUUCUCAUCCCAAUCAGUAUUCUUCAAAGCCUCUUAAUAUAAUAUCCUCUGGACUUGCUCCCACAAGCGUCCAUGAGUUGCUGGAGUGCCCUGUUUGCACUAAUUCCAUGUACCCGCCAAUCCAUCAGUGUCACAACGGGCAUACUCUGUGUUCUACAUGCAAAACGAGAGUUCAUAAUCGAUGUCCAACUUGCAGACAGGAGCUUGGCGAUAUCAGAUGCUUAGCACUAGAGAAGGUUGCCGAGUCACUGGAGCUGCCCUGCAAGUACUACUCUUUGGGCUGCCCAGAAAUAUUUCCAUAUUACAGCAAGCUUAAACACGAAGCACUUUGCAAUUUCAGACCCUACAAUUGUCCGUAUGCUGGAUCGGAGUGUGUGGUGACGGGGGACAUUCCUUAUCUGGUUGCCCACUUGAGAGAUGAUCACAAGGUGGACAUGCACACUGGCUGUACCUUCAACCACCGCUAUGUGAAGUCAAAUCCUCGUGAAGUAGAAAACGCAACAUGGAUGUUAACCGUAUUCCAUUGUUUUGGGCAGUACUUCUGCCUUCACUUUGAAGCAUUUCAGCUUGGUAUGGCCCCCGUUUACAUGGCAUUUCUUCGUUUUAUGGGCGAUGAAAUUGAAGCACGCAACUAUAGCUACAGUUUAGAGGUAGGAGCAAAUGGCAGAAAGCUGAUAUGGGAAGGCACCCCACGAAGCAUUAGAGAUAGCCACCGAAAGGUCAGGGAUAGUCAUGAUGGUCUCAUUAUCCAACGAAACAUGGCGCUUUUCUUCUCUGGAGGUGAUAGAAAGGAGCUUAAGCUCAGAGUCACUGGAAGAAUUUGGAAGGAACAGCAGAACCCAGAUGCUGGGGUGUGCAUACCAAAUCUUUGUAACUAAACUAAGAAAGGCAGUUUAGGAAUCAACUUCUUUGUGUUUCUGGGUAUUGUUUCUGCACGGUUGUGUGUGUCUUGGAGACACUACAUAAGCUUGUUUCAUAUCAUCCAAAUUCUGCUUGUUAACAUAACAAAUGGCUUUUCAAUUGCCUUUGGUUUCUGAAGAUUAAAUAUUGCUCACUUCUUCUA